AACAUGUACAGAGUCGCCACUGACGAACGUGAUCGUAUCUGCAUCUGAACGGUGAAUCAGCCAGAUCAUAGAUUUCACUGUUGUAUCUGACGACCGAAUCGCUCCAGUUACUUAUGGGUAAUUGGUAGAGAUUGAAGGGGAAAUAGGUUCGUGCUUGCUUCGGGGCUCCUACGCGUGACUGCGCUGACGAUGUUCACAGGAAAGGACGCGAAAAAGGCGGUACAGCAUACUUUUGAAGACCUCGCGAAAAACAAUGAGUAUCAUUUUGCGUUUUUGCAAGCGAGAGGAAGAAAGCCAACCAUACGUCUCGUAGAGAGAGGCACAUUUUUGCAGGCAGAAAUGCGACAAGACAAGUAUCUGGAUGGGCCAAGUGAAGGUUCCCAUCGUCC